AUGCACUGCACUCUUAAGAGUAUCGAAAUCGUUUUUGUCCCGACGAUCCUACUGAUGCUUUGCCGUAAUUCUGUGUUGAACUUCGGAUUUCUGCCUCAUCGGACGAAGACUGACACAGUUAUUGGAGCGCCAAUAGACGUUCCGAAGAAGCUCGAACCGACUGAUGAAGAAGUGGAAUAG